CUUGACCAUUCGAUGGACCUUCCUCGACCAGCGAGUUACGGUUCGUAUAAGAAGAAGAGAGAAUGUCUUUCCUACGCGAUAUGAAUCGCCAUAACAUCUUGGCAAUGAUACUAGUGUCCAUCGGGGCACUCCUCUUUGGUGUCGAUAAUGGAUGUUGUGGACGGGGUGGAGUCAUGUAAAUUCUCCACACGCCAAUUGUCGGCUGGGAGUUCUGUCCAAUCCGCUGGGAUCAUGGUUGGAUCACUCAUUGCGUCUCCCAUCAACAAUCGAUUGGGACGAAAAUGGUCUCUGUUCCUCACUGCCAUCAUCUCCCUCAUUGGCGUCAUCAUCCAAAUGACAAGUGCACUUUCUGUGCCCAUUGCGACUCGGGAUCAAUUCACUCAAUUUGUCGUCGGCAAAUCCAUCACGUCCAUCUCCAUGGGUCUGGUCGCCAACAUAGUCCCGAUCUACCUAUCGGAGACGUCGCCUGCUUCGGCGAGAGGAUUCGGUAUCAGCAUGUACCAAAACGUCCAGAUCAUCGGUGUCAUUGCUGCGUCUGGGGCCGUAUACGCCACGGCCAAUCGUCGAAACGUGUCGGCUUACUUGAUUCCCAUCGGUCUCCAGGCGAUUGCUCCCAGUCUGAUGAUCCUGUCGACACCUUGGAUCCCAGAAUCACCAAGAUGGCUCGUAUGGAAGGGGCGUAUGCGUAAAGGUGCGAAAGCAGCGAGCAAGUUGUUCGGGUCUUCAGAUCCCAAUUUUGACCCGGUGGAAUACUGUCAAAAACUUCUCGUGGCAUUUGAAGAAGAUCGAUUGAAUGCAAAACAAGCUGGAUGGGCAGAUCUAUUGUCCGGUCCAGACUUACGACGCGCUCUCAUCGCCAUUGGUGUACAAUGUCUUCAGCAAGCCCAAGGUUCAUCCUAUAUGAACAAUUACAUUGUCCCCUUCCUUCAAGAUACAGGCGUGAAGAAUGUCUUUCCAGUCAUCAUGGGUCUCAAUUGUCUCUACUAUGUGUCCUUGCUGUCAGGUCACUUUUUACCCGAUAUGGUCGGUCGACGGAUCGUCCUCAUGGCCACUUCGGCGUUCUGUGGCACUUGCCUGCUCAGUGUGGCCAGUAUCACCACAGCCGCAGGUGGAUCCCCCCCUACAUCCUCCAUGCAGAGAGCGAGUAUCGCUUUGAUCUUUUUGUGGAACUUUGGCUUUGGGGUGCAAUCGCCGUUGAUCUGGAUCACCACGGCUGAAGCUGCACCGACUCGAAAUAGGGAACGCGUCUUGGCUUCAGCCACCUUCUUCGGCUUCGGUAUCUCUCUCCUCAUCGCCAGUGUCUCGCCUUUCAUCCAAGAUGAAGAUGCCGGUAAUUUGGGAAGCAAGAUUGGUUUCUUAUGGGGUACCUUCAGUCUCGUGAAUCUCGUUUGGGUGUACUUGGUCGUACCGGAGAUGAAGGGCUUGUCAUUGGAACAGCUGGAUUAUCUGUAUGCCAACAAUACGCCAACAAGGCAGUUCAAAGGUUUCAAAUUCACCGAUGAUAUCUUGGCGAGAUUCGAGAGGGAACAGGAGGCAAAGGAGGACACAGGAGGAUCGGAAACACCCAACUCACUGGACGAGAUAACGGUAGCGAAAAAGGAUAUGGGAGGGGUGUGAGUGUGUGCGGACCAUCUUUCCGAAUCAACGUGCAAGGGAAAAAG